AUGAACGCUCUGGAGGGGCAGCAGCCCCCCAGCGCCCACGACCUGCUGGACGUGGCCGCCGUCUACUGCGACAACCUGAGCCUCUUCCCGCCCCCUCAGAGACCCCCGGGGGCCCACCCCGCCGGCUACAGCCUGGGGGAAGCGGGAGGCGGCAGCCCGUACCUGUGGCUCAACGGCUCGGCCGUGCCGUCCAGCCCUUACCUGGCCGCCGGGCCCAAUGGAGCCGCCGCCGCCGCCGCCUCCUUCCUGCCCUCGGCCUACGGCGCAGCCGGCGCCCGGCAGCUGCUGGGCGCGCCGUCGGCGGGGCCCGAGCUCAGCUGGCUGUCUCUGGCCGGCCAGCAGGACUUCUUCAAGCUGGUGCGCCCGCCCUACUCCUACUCGGCGCUCAUCGCCAUGGCCAUCCAGAGCGCGCCCGACAAGAAGCUCACCUUGAGCCAGAUCUACCAGUACGUGGCCGGCAACUUCCCCUUCUACAAGAGGAGCAAAGCCGGCUGGCAGAACUCCAUCCGACACAACCUCUCGCUCAACGACUGCUUCAAGAAGGUGCCCAGGAACGAGGACGACCCAGGUAAGGGCUGCCAUCCCUCGCAGGACCCACCGCGUCUCUCGCCCGGUUAUUCCACAGAGAACCGUGGCUAUUUGGUUCCUUAUUUCCUUGAUACUCCGCCUUUUCCUCCAAGGAGCUCAAGGCGGCGUACAUGGGUCUCGUUUAAUUCCCGCAGCAACCCUGCGAGUUGCUUCGGCUGAGAGGCGCUGACUGGCCCCAGGUCGCCCAGUGGGUGGAUUCGAACCAGGGUCUCCCAAGUCCUAGUCUGACCACACUGGCUUUCAUCUUCAGGAUUGCUGGCCGCGGGUUAGUCGCCGCGUGAGUCACAGGCGGGAGGUGCGUGACUCCAGCGCGGGGAAACGUGGGUUGUCUCCCCAGCCUUUCGAAGCAAGUUUCUAAGAAAUUGGGAGGAGAGGUUCCUACAUUUUUGUUUUAGUGUGGAAUCAGAGGGUGACAGUAACUCUAGAAGUGGCGGUGUGAAAUGUUAGGAGGCACGUUCAAGACGAAUUAAUGUGGAUAAGAUCGCCCAUAAUGACAAAUUUCACAGCACAAGCCACAGCAAGUGUAUUUAAAAGAAACGUCCGCCGAGUUCAAUAGAACUUGCUCCUGAGCCAACUCGCGUGCUGCAGGUACCGCCACGCAAGUUGGCUCAGGAGUUACUAUCAAGUCCAUUGGACUUGUCCAGGGAAGGCGUGUUUAGCAUAGCAGCCUUCCGCACUCUGUGCUGUUCUCAGUCAGAUCGAUUCAAGGACCUGUCCUUCCCCAAAUUUUCAUGCGAAGGUUUUGUUUUUGUUUUUUGAGCGCUUUAAAUACAUGUUUAAAAUAUCCUGCCCUAUUCACAAACAGGGCAGUUUAAAAGGUUCCCCCUGCCUUUUACACGUGCAGAGCAGGACUCUAAAAAUGAUUAGACAUUACAGGGUUAAGGACAUUAUAUUCUGGAUUAAUUAAUACAGAGCACAGAGUAUAAUAUAUUUAAAGAUGUUUAAACCGUCCUUCAUCAGCUCUCAGUUUGCAUUAGUCUAUGCUGAACAAGUGUCUCCUGGUGGCUCUUUACUCAUAGUCAUUGUUUGAAUCUAAAACCACCUGUUCACCCUGGCUUAUCACAAAUCAAUCUCCUUCCUCUUCUUUUAGAUGGUAUGCCUGUGAACAGGACCUAUUUUUUUAUUUGGUUGUUUGUUUUUAACAUCUAACAAUUUCAGUUACUUUAUAAGUACUACUACUAAUCUUUACAUUUCUUGAUAAGUUUUCAUUGAAGGGGGGCAGGGUUGUGUGUGUGUGUGUGUGUACGUACACCCCCCCCAAACAUUUAUUGGUUUAGACAUUUCCUUUAGGGGAUGCAUGGAGACAACCCAAGGGAGAGGAGCCUAUGGUUCCAUCUGUGCAUUGCUCUAAAACAUGCUGUUGCAUGGAUGAAUGUAGCAGUGGGAAAGAUCCAGCUCCCAUUGAAGCCAAUGGCCACAUUCUUGCUAAGCAUAGUGGAACAGGACUGCACCCAACUUGUUUGCAGCCACCUUGACAUCCAAACGUCAUUCCACCCAGUUUCUCCAAAUCUACUCCCACUCUGAUUUGCCCCAUUGCUGAGAUAAUAGUAGUGGCUUAAUUAUCAUGUUCCCUUGAUUUGACUAAUGGAAAUCAAAGGCUACUGCUUUCAAACCAGGUGUUUCACCCAGUGUUUUAGUGAUCAGCAGACUAAAAGUAGUUGCUCUUCACAUGAGUCUGAAAGCACCUAUGAGGCUCUCUGUCUUUAUUUGUGUGCAUGGGGUGUGCAUUUGUUUGGUAAAGGAAGUGGGAAGGGAACAUCUUUGAAGGCAAGUGUACACUUUUAGCCAAUGAAACUUUUGCAUUUCUCCAGACAUGGGAAAAGUCAUAAGCAUUUUUACAGCGAAAUCCUAUGCCUGUUUACAUGAAGUAAGCCCCUAUGGCUGUUUACACAAAGUAAGCAUCAUAAGUGGGUCUUAUUUCCAGAUAAGUGUGCAGAGGGUUGAAACUACAGGUGGAUCUUCUAAGGGUAGGUUAACAUCAAAUUGUACUGUUGGUGUAAAGUGUGCAGUCACAGAAGCAUGUAUGGUGGUUGUCAUGUAGUAGCUGAAGCUGCAAUCCUAUGCACACUUGCCUGGGGGUAGGGGGGAGUCCCAUUAAACAUAACAGGAGUAAACAUGCAUAGCAUUGCACUUAAAGAAACUGAUCUGUGAAUCAAGACAUCCUUAGCUCAAAUCUUGCCUCUGCCAUGAACUCACUAGGUAGCCUUCGACAAGCCACUCUUAGUUUCAGUCUAAAAGUGCUAUACAGGAGACAAUAUUGCUUGACCUACAUGACUAUUUUAAAGAUUGCAACUAGAUAAUGCCUAUGAUGCAUUCUGAACCUUUGAAACCACUGUACAAAGGAUCAUUUGUUAUCGUAAUUAUUAUUAUUAUCAUACAAAGAAAAGACUGCUAGCAUGAACACAUCAGAUGUGCUUUGUCCCAUUAGCAAUAUUGCUUUGAAAUGAUUAUCUAAUAGAUCAUUAUCCAUAUGACAUAUGCCUCAAUGCAUAUGGUGUCUGAAGGUGCUUAUUGAGGAUGACAUGGUCUGGUAACGUCAUAUUAAGUGUGUGACCUGAAAUGUCCCAAUUAAGAUCAAGGCACCUAGAAAUAUCAAUGGCUUGUUUUAGCAGAAUCAUCCUACAGCACAAUCCUCUGCACACCUACUUAGAAGGAACUUGGUAGUUCAGCAGAACUUGUUCCCUGGGAACUGUGAGCAUGACUGCAGUCUUAGAUACUGUUGCCAGCAUUGAGGAAAGUUUUAAUUCACUUUGAACCAUUAUAAUAGGAAAGAAUAAUCAAACUAAUCCAGUUAAACAUUGGAAUAAAAGAUGGGCAUUGUAUUAUUUAAUAAUGUCUAUAAUGAACAGCCAUCUCCACAGGGGACAAUAUUUAUGUAUUUAUUUAUUCUAAUUUAUAAUAUAUUCAUUAUUAUUAUUAUUAUUAUUAUUAUUAUUGGAAAUAAAGUCCGACAGAUUGCAGUAUGAAUUACUUCCAUAUUUGUGUACAGUGCCAGACUAUUAUUUCCAAACCACACAUUCCAGGUUGAUAUCCCUGAGGCCCACCAUUUACUUUCUCUAAAGUAAAUCUGUUGACCCAACUGAACUGUGUUGAAAGACAAUUGGUAAUUUAGGAAGAACAGCUUUACAACCAUCACACUUACCAUAUUGGGUUAUAGCCAACUAAGACAUACUCAGAGUAGAACCAGUGAACUCAAUAGACCUAAGUCAAGUAUGACUUGGUUAGAUAUCACCUAUCACAAGGUGGGGAGAGGAGAGCUUCUGUCAGCAUAUUUAAAAUACUGGAGAGUCAUGCAGGAACAUGAAUUUGCAUUCACCUGAUGACGGCUGCUUGCUUUACUGCUUCUGUUUUGACCCACUGGCCUUGGCUGUCCAGAAAUGUCUCACUUUCAAAAUGUUCUUUGCCUGCCUGUUUAAUUCACAUGUGUUUGGUUGGUUCAUAGGUAAAGGCAAUUAUUGGACCUUGGAUCCUAACUGUGAGAAGAUGUUUGAUAAUGGCAACUUCAGGCGGAAGAGGAAAAGGCGAUCUGACCUAGUGAAUGGGCCUGGAGUCCCUAACAAAGUGGAAGACAAAAGCAAGAGCUGUCUUGCCCAACAAGCCCCCGACCUGGGCUCUGCUGAACUGCCCUGCUCUCCAAGUCCUAUGAACCACUGCAAAUCCUCCAGCCUGAAUUCCAGCCGUUGUUUGUCUACGUUCGUCUCCACCAUGAAUGCUGUGGCCCAUGGCAGAAACGGCUUCCCCAGGCAGCUUUCCGGGGGGUUGGGGGGCGAACUCACAUCUGAGAGGCAGAAUGGGCCUGGGUUGAGCUCUUGCUCCGCCUCCAACAGCAGCCCAGUUUCAGGAUUCGAACUCAGUCCUCAGUCCCACUCCAAGAUGAAUUACUAUGCAAGUGCAGGUGGACAGUCAAACUGGUUCGGCACCCCUGUCCUGGGCACCUUCAGUGUGAACAAUCUGAUUUAUAGCAGAGAAGGGACAGAAGUUUAGAAUGAUGGUCAAAUAGCCUUUGUUUGAAGUAAACACCAUAAGCAGCCUUUUUUGGGGGGGGGGUGCCUAGUCAGAUAGUCUUCAGAAUUUUCAGUCCUGGAGCCCACAUUUAGCCCCAAGAUGCAACCUAAGGCCUACUUUUAAACUGUAUUAAUUCUGUCAUUUCUUCCCUCUCCCUCUCAUUUUUUCCUUGCCUCUCUUCCCUUCUGUAUCUCUCUUUUUAAAACACAAACAAACAAAACAGAACGAAAUGUGGGCAGUACUGCUUCUACAGCUCAAUUUAGACCAGAGAUCAACAACUCAGUUGUGCAUUGUGAUGCAACCAAGUGGCACUAGUAAGAGUGACUCUUUAGUUGAGGCUAAAUGGGGUGCAAGAAGAUCGACCCACAAGAUACAAUUCACUGUACUUUGCACAUGCCACAUGGGCUUCAAUCAGCUUACACAGGGAAACAUCCUAGUGGAUUGAUUCUGCCACCUGUCAGUUAGAAGCAGGAGUUGCCAUUUGUUUGUGGUUUUUCCCACCUCCUGUACCAAAUUAGGACAGUGUGUUUCUGUGCCUAACAGCAGCAGCUUUACAAAUUAAACAACAAAAUGAUGAUAAAAUGUACUUCUAACCAGGUGGUACAAACCAGAAUACACCCUCCACCCCACUUUUUUACAAUGUAAUCCUUAGCAUGUUUGCUUGAAAGCAAGUCCCAUUGGCUUCACUUACUUUCAAGGAAUUGUGCUAAGAUCCAUGGUUUUCAGUUAAGGAUCCUUCUCUACUCUCGUGUAGUAGCUUUGUUUACAAUCUUGAUACUAUGCAUCGUGGCCUUAGAUCCUUGAUUCUAACAAAUGCACUAAUCCACAGCAUAGGGCUAUUUUGGAAUGUGUAUAUAAUAGUUGUGUUUGGUAGAAUUAAAUCAGUUUUAACUGUAUUUUGAAAAACAUCAGUCUUCCUUUAGAGUUUUCUAAUUAAGUGUACCCUGCUG